UCAACUCUUAAAAAUAGUCAUUACAUGGGCAACGUUAAGCUUGAACGCGGUCUCUCCUGUUUUAUAUUUCAUACUUAUUCCUUAAUUCCUGUCUUAUAUUCCUGAUUUUUGCUGUACCCGCAGCAAGUUCUCGUGGAGUGUGGACUAAAAGACAAAAUCUGGAAGUGUCAAGACGAACGUCCGUUGAAAGAUGGUUAACAUGUGCUUAGUAACAAUGCUGGCGGGAGCCGCUGUGGGCGGGGCGCUUUCCGCCGUCUUCUGCCUUAUCCUCCUAGCCAUCACGUGCUGCUGCGUCCGGUACUGUAAAAAGCGCCGCGCGAAGGGCAAGCACGUCAAGAAAGGACCCAAUGGCGUCCUCGAUCUGGAGAGUGCGCAAGUGUUUGGUAAAACCAUGAAGGAAGAGGCUGGCACGGAGCAUCUGGUUCUGGAAGCCGAAAAGAUGGCGCCCAAGGAGGAGGAGUUCAAGUGCAAGUUCGAGCUGAACAAAAACUUAAAUUCGAUGGAGUCGACAACAUCUAGCGGUCAUCAUCCGGUUACCGGUGAUAUCCUCUUCCGCAUGACGUACGAACGCUGCACUCUCACGCUGUACGUGCUAAAAGCGCGCAAUCUGAAAGCGGCCCAUGACGCUGGGUACUCCGAUCCCUUCUGCAAGAUUCACGUGGUGCCUGGACGAGCGGAGUACAAGUAUCGCACGCGGCACAUCAAGCAGAAUCUGAAUCCGGAAUGGAAAGAGACCUUCACGUUCCCGGGCAUCGAUCCCAACGAGAUCCACCACAAGAAAAUCCAGAUUGUCGUGUGGGAUUGGAAUCGGCCGUCGGACGAUUUCCUCGGCGAGGUCAUUGUGGAUCUUUCCGAUCCCAUCCACCUGGAUGGCACCCAGCGUUGGUAUCAGCUAUGGGAGCGCCGUGCCAUGGCAACCGAGGAACUGUAGCAUCUGCCAAUGCCAUAGCACCACACUGGUGUUGAGUUGAUUUACUGGUUUAUACGAAAAGCGCUAGUCCACUGCUUAUUGUUAUCGUACAGUGCAUAUG